AUGCCCGAGACCACCACUCCCCAGGUUCCUGCCUCCCUCGGCGAGAACAGAGGCAUCAAGUUCUCCUUCAAGACUGGCAACGCCCGUUACCAGUGCGUUCUUCAGGACCGCUCCGUCUAUGAGCGCAAGAAGGCUACCCGCCAGAACUCUUCCGACUCUGUCUCCUCUACCGACUCUACCCAGACUGAGAAGUCUUCUCACUAA